AUGGCGUCCGCAAUCGCAAAGGCCGCCCGCACCGAGGCCGACUUUGAUCGCGUCCCCGUCCGUGUCGUCCGCCUCAUCCGCCUCGCCGGCGCGAGCGGCCUCGCCUACGCCGCCUACAAGAUCCACUGGCGCAUCGUCCUCGCCAGCUUCUUCACCGGCCCGGGCAAGUUCAGCCGCAUCCUCAUGCUCUUCUUUGCCCUCCUGAACCUCAAGAACAUGCCCUUUGUCUGGACCUACCGAGUAUGGCACGCAAUAAUCUACCACCUCUUCAUCCGCAAAUCCCCCCGCCUCGGCCCCCGCUCCCUCUUCCGCCCCAUGAUCUCCCAGUCCCACGCCCCCAUCACCGAAAUCGACUACAACAUCCACAAGUCCAACUCGACCUACUUCUCCGACCUCGACGUCUCCCGCACCCACCUCUGCACCUACCUCCUCCGCCCAGGCUUCCGCCAGCUCACCCACAACGUCACCACGCAGCUCGUCCUCGACCCCAAAUCAGGAAAACCCGCCCGCGGUCCGCUGGGCAUCAUGCUCGGCGCCGUCCACUGCUCCUUCCGCCGCGAAAUCACCGCCUACGCCCCCUACGAAAUGUGGUCGCGCAUCCUCUCCUGGGACCGCAAGUGGCUCUACAUUGUCACGCACUUUGUGCCCAAGGGCACCGCGCGCCCGACAGAGUGGCUCGACCCGAAAUUCGGCACCGCCAGGGUCCGUCGCAACCCCGGCGGCGGCGGCGGCGCGGGCGCCACCAACAGCGCCGAGUGGGAGAAGAAGAUUUACGCCACGGGCGUGAGCAAGUACGUCUUCAAGAUUGGGCGGUUGACGGUGCACCCGGCCGUGGCCCUCGAGGCGAGCGAGCUGCUGCCGCAUCGGCCCACCGAGGGAGGGUGGCAGGGCGGCGACAACGGCGUGGGCGACGACAGCAUCGACUUGAGCGACGUGACGGACGACGGUGCGUGGGAUUGGAAGAUGGUGGAGAAGAGGCGGCGCGAGGGCAUGAGGUACGCGGCGCAGUUUGCGAGCAUGGAUGACCUGCACGGAUGGCUGGACGGGGCGGAUGGCGGUGACGGGAGUGCGCUGGGCAAAUUCGGCCUUGGCUAA